GUUUUAAUAUUGAUCAAAUUCAAUUUAAAAACUGAAAUAUAAAUGUAUUGCAUAAUAUUUCAAAGAAGUUUCCUCAAGAAAAGUUUCUAGAAGCUUUGUAUUCUCGAUCAUUCUGGAAAAGUAGUGGGAAUGUAGAGCAACUUGUGUCUGCCUGUUCGUUUUGUAAUUUCAUCAUACCGGUGCCGUACACUUCACAAUCCCAACCUAAAAUUGUGACGUUUCCACCAUUCAGUUCAUUCCUGUUCAAAAAUCGCCAAUCUUGAGGUAAUUACGCGUUAAAUUAACAGUUAACAAAACACAAAUACUAAUCACAAUGUGCGCAAUGUUGUAACUGGGCCAAGAUUAAUAUUCAAUCCUUUUAUUAAGCGUCAUGAUUUAGUUUUUCACAUAACCAUUGUAUAAAAUUAUUCAAAACCCCUGAAAAAAUGUUCGCCUGGGGCUCAACUGUAAAUGGCGAGUUGGGUUUGGGCGGUGUUGAGGAAGAAAUCAUCAACACGCCGGUUGCACUUCAAUGGGCCGAAGCACAAACAGUUGUGAAUAUUGCCUGUGGGUUCACACAUACACUUAUGCUGACGAGUGAAGGCAAAGUGUUCUCCUGUGGAAACAAUGAUUAUGGACAGCUAGGACAUGAUAAACCACGAAAACGGCCACGUAUGUUUUACUUUAAACUUGUAACAAAGCUUAAUGACUAUAAUAUCGUUAGCGUCGCGUGUGGGAUAUCGCAUUCGAUGGCAUUGAACAGUUGGGGUCAGGUGUAUACAUGGGGUUCAAAUAAAUUUGGUCAACUUGGGAUUUCAAAUGUAAAUAUGAUGGAAGAACCGAAAAUUGUUAAACACUUAGCGAAAUAUUACAUCAUACAGAUUGCUAGUGGUGAAAGGCAUUGUUUAGCAUUAACCAGCAGUGGGGAAUUAAUGUCAUGGGGUUGUAACAACUAUGGACAACUUGGUAUUGGUUACCUAUCAGAAUCAGAAGGUAAUCCAACAUUGAUCGCGUCUUUAUUCGGUGUACCAGUUGCAUUUAUCGCAUGUGGCGGUAAUCAUUCAUUCGCCGUGUCAAAAUCCGGCGCUGUCUUCGGUUGGGGAAAGAAUAUCAAUGGCCAGUUGGGCAUUAAUGAUAUAAAUUCCAAGAUGUAUCCAUGUCAAUUGCGUUCCCUGCGCAGUAUUCGCGUGCGAUACAUUUCAUGCGGUGAAGAUUUUUCUACAUUUUUGACAAUGGACGGCGGGGUUUUCACUUGUGGGCUUGGUAGUUCUGGUCAAUUGGGUCACGGUGGGAUUUCCAGUGAGAUGCUUCCAAGAAAAGUGUCUGAGUUGAUGGGAUCGACGAUAACUCAGGUGCAAUGCGGUCGUCAGCAUACAUUGGCAUUUAUUCCGUCCAGAGGCAAGUUGUAUAGUUUUGGUUUGGGUGGUGCGGGACAACUAGGACGUAACUGGACAGGAAACUCAUCCACACCUCACAUUGUGUUUGGGCCUUGGAUUUCUGCAUCACAUACUUCUUUAUCCAUGGAUCCUGUCCCUCCAGAAGUGAAGGUGAUUAGGGUCUUUGCUGGUGGUGAUCAUUGUUUUGCCAGGGUAAAUCCAAUCGAUAGCGUUGUGCAACCAUACGACAAUCGUGAUUUUGCAGAUAAUAGUCAAAUCUUGACGAUUGAUCAAGAGAAAAUCGAAGCGUGCGUAAUGCUACUACCCGAAAGCAAGGUCGAUCAAGAUUUGAUCGGUUAUCUUGAGACUGUGUUCAAAAACCUUGCUUGUUUCAACGGUUCUUUUCUCGAACCGAAUGACGAGCAUUACUUUUGUAAUAGUAAACAUCACGGCAUUCAACUGGAUCUUGCCGAGGAAGUGUUUAACAUGAUUGGGAAGAUUGAGAAUGAAUCUGUUAAACAUGUGAUUUUUAACGCGAUUACAGAAGAUUUAAUGCGUAGUUUAACAAGAUCUCCACCGGAUGUUGAAGUGUUGCGUAUUUACCUAUUGCUGCCAUUUUAUCAUGAGUUUAACAAUCCGAAACGACACGUAAAGUUGCAGCGACAAUUCGCGAAUUCCGUGCUGAAUUUAAACGAGCAGGCCAAACGAGUUGUGAAAACUUGGUGGUCGAAUUCGCCGAAUGAAUACUUUGAGAAGUUGGUGAAUAUGUUUAAGAGUGUGGCGUCUUAUUUGAUUAUGAGUCAAAAUGUUUUACCAAAUGGUGUUAUCCUGAUUGAUGAUAGUCUGAUUGCAACUUUGAACUUGUUGGACUUCCUGAGCAAAAUGAACGAACAAGAGGGCGGAUUGAAAGUGCCUUAUGAUACGUUUCACAUCAACGACUUGUCGGAAUACUUGGAUAUUCGCUUAGACUACGUCGCGUGGCUUACAGAUUCAUCGAAUCGAUUUUAUCUGUGUAAUUAUCCCUUUAUUUUUGACGCCCAAGCUAAAACGUGCUUGUUGCAAACCGAUCAACACAUUCAAAUGGACGAAGCCAUGCAGGAGUCCGCUAGAAAUGCGGUGAUGGCACUUUUGAUGACAAAUUCGUUCCAAUUUAACGCCUUAAACACCUAUUUAAUGUUAGAGGUCAGCCGCGAUCGCUUGGUGGAGGAUGCAUUGACUCAACUGGCGAUGCAAAGUCCUUCUGAUUUGAAAAAACCUUUAAAAGUAAAGUUUAAAGAUGAAGAAGCUGAAGAUGCAGGCGGUGUCCGAAAAGAAUUUUUCCUUCUUCUAUUAAGAGAAAUUCUAGAUCCUAAAUAUGGCAUGUUUAAAGAAUACGAAGAAACGCGUUCGAUUUGGUUCUCGCAGGAUUCCUUGGAAGACGCUGCCAUGUAUCAGUUUAUUGGUCAACUUUGCGGUCUUGCGAUCUAUAAUUUUACUAUCAUCGACAUUCCGUUCCCGUUGGCGCUCUACAAAAAACUCCUAAAGGAACCUGUAGGAUUGGUGGAUGUCAAAGGAUUAUCUCCAACUGUAGCCAAUUCGUUGCAAUCGCUUUUGGAUUAUGAAGACGCCGAUAUCAGUGAUGUUUUUGGAUUGAACUUUGAGGUGACUCACGAGGCUUUCGGCGAAAUGAAGAGCAUACCACUCAAACCUCACGGAGAAAAUAUUCUAGUCACACAGGAAAAUAAGCAGGAAUAUGUUACCUUGUAUGUAGACUACCUAUUCAACACAUCAGUCGCCGCUCCAUAUGAAGCAUUUUCAUCUGGUUUCAUGAAAGUUUGCGGUGGGCGAGUAUUAACACUCUUUCAUUCUCAUGAAUUGAUGUCGGUCGUCAUUGGGAAUGAAAAUUACGAUUGGGAUGCCCUGGAAGAGAGCGCCCAGUAUAAAAAUGGCUACCGUUCGUCUGAUAAAGUCAUCAGGUGGUUCUGGGAGGUGUUGCACGAGUUGCCGCUGUCGGAGAAAAAGAAGUUUUUAUUGUAUUUAACCGGAAGUGAUAGGAUUCCUAUCCAAGGAAUGAAAGAUAUCAAGAUUAUUAUCCAACCGACAAACGAUGAUAAAUAUUUGCCAGUCGCUCAUACCUGCUUCAAUCUACUAGAUCUCCCACGCUACAAAACCAAAGAAAGACUGAAAUACAAACUCCUGCAGGCGAUUCAACAGACGCAAGGAUUUUCUCUGGUUUAACUUGAACUCGGGAUGAUUGAAGCGCUAUUUUUACUUUAUUUUAUUUUAUGUAUUUUUGCUAUAUAAAACUGAUAUUUUACAAAGAAUUAACACUCACUCGUUUAAAAUAACUGCAAUGGAGUGAAGAGUAAUGAUUGGUUUUUGAAAAUAUGGAGGGUUGUUAACAUUGAGAUUUUGACACUUUAACACUUGUUAUUGUAAACUUAGCCAUGGGAAGCGGAAAAUAUUUUUCUAGAGUCGUGUACACUCACGUGUUGGAAAUUUAACUUAUGAAAUUCAUUUGUGAUAAGGUUGUUGAGUGAUUGAUUUGUUGUUAACUUUGUAAAUUUCAUCAGUUGGUUAAAUGUUUGUUAUGCUAGAUGAUGGGCAAACAUUUGCUUCUAAAUAUACACAUUUUUAAGGUCUUUUAAAGUUGUUCUUCAUCCAUAAAUGAUAUUUUUUAUAACUAAACUGGUUGAACAACAAAAACGUUUAUUGUUUCAUUGUUUUCUUUGUGUAAUGGUUGUUUAUAUCAACUAUAGUUAAUGUUUAUUUUAUCACCGGACUUGUUUUAAAAUUUCUCGAUAGUAAACUAGUAUAAAAGGUUAAUACAUUGGUUAUCCAAGUCAGUAAAAUAAAAUAACUACAAUAAAUAAUUUGAUCAUGCGGCUGUAUCAUACUCUUCUGGUUUUACUCUUUAUGAGUUUAUAUUUAUUUAUGUUUGGCAUUGCACUUAACGUGCAUGUUGACCAUGAUAUUGGUUGUAAGUGUACGUCAGAAGAACUUUGCCGUAGUGGCAUAAUAGAUAAUUCGUGAGUAAAUUCUGUACAAAAUAUAUUGUUUAAAGAUGUAUUCCGUUUUGUUUUCAGGAGGGAUUGUAAGCCAUCACACUUUGUAUGCUGUAGAAUGUGAUUGUUUGUCUUGUUAUCAACAAAUAAAUCAUGUUAAAAUUG